GGAAGUGGCUCCGAUUCCCUCCAGGUUCCGCGGAAGUGGCUGCUUUAAAGCUUUGCUGCUGACUCUGACUCCUAGUUUGAGAUGGGUUGCGACGGGGGAACGAUCCCCAAGAGGCAUGAACUGGUGAAGGGACCGAAGAAGGUUGAGAAGGUUGACAAAGAUGCUGAAUUAGUGGCCCAGUGGAACUACUGUACUCUAAGUCAAGAAAUAUUAAGACGACCAAUAGUUGCCUGUGAACUUGGCAGACUUUAUAACAAAGAUGCUGUCAUUGAGUUUCUGUUGGACAAAUCUGCUGAAAAGGCUCUCGGGAAGGCAGCAUCUCACAUUAAAAGCAUUAAGAAUGUGACUGAACUAAGGCUUUCUGAUAAUCCCGCCUGGGAAGGAGAUAAAGGAAACACGAAAGGCGACAAGCACGAUGACCUCCAGCGGGCACGUUUCAUCUGCCCUGUCGUGGGCCUGGAGAUGAAUGGCCGGCACAGGUUCUGCUUCCUCCGGUGCUGUGGGUGUGUGUUUUCUGAACGAGCCCUGAAAGAGAUAAAAGCAGAAGUUUGUCACACAUGUGGAGCUGCCUUCCAGGGGGAUGACAUCAUUGUGCUCAAUGGCACCAAGGAGGACGUGGAAGUGCUGAAGAGAAGGAUGGAGGAGGGACGGCUGCGGGCAAAGCUGGAAAAGAAAACAAAGAAACCCAAAGCAGCAGAGUCUGUUUCAAAACCCGAUGUCCUUGAAGAAGCCCCAGGGCCAUCAAAGGUUAAGACAGGGAAGCCUGAAGAAACCGGCCUUGAUUCUAGAGAGAAGAAAACCAGCUCAGCUCCCAGAAACACAGCAACAAAUGAGAGCUCUGUCGGAAAAGCUGGGAAGCCCCCAUGUGUGGCCAUGAAGAGGUCCAUUGCUGACAGUGACGAAUCGGAAGCCUACAAGUCCCUCUUCACGACCCACAGCUCGGCCAAGCGCUCCAAGGAGGAGUCGGCCCACUGGGUCACCCACACGUCCUACUGCUUCUGAAGCCCGCACCCACUCUCCCUCCCAGAAGACGCUUGCUAGUCUCCUGUAGGCCGAUCCUUGUGCUCCUCUAAUCGUAGCCUGUAUUCUCUGUGUUGCUCCCCUUGCAUGGUGUCAUAAAGUUGUCCCCACCAACCCUGGAGCUGGUGUGGUCACUCUUGCUAUGAGACACAUGGGUUCUAGGGGGCCGUGGUGGGUGGCUGCAGAGUGACUGUCCCCUUCACCUGUGGGCCUAAGUUCAUAAUCGGCAGGGCCUGGAUCUUUCCUCGGCCAGAAAGUCACGUUGGCUGCACUUCUCACGCUUGCAAUCAUGAGAGAUGCCAGUUUUCUUCUGGGUUUGUGAUUGGUUCAUUCUGACUAAAAUUCUAAUGAUUGUGCUGCCAGCAGGAAAUUAAGUAGGGUGAGUGAAGCUGAGCAUUAGAAAAGACGAAUUUCAGAUGCACUCUGUCUCCUGUGGGCUCUGAGGGCCUGUCCUCUGCUCCCGCCUUGCAGGAAGCUGGGAGCCCUUCGAGUCUAGGACUCAGGGGACCCCCUGCCUCUUCAUCUGGAAGUCAGCAGAGACUGGGUGGGUUCCUGAUGACGUGGUACCACAAUAAAGCCGGCCUGCCUUUUC